AUGCCUUCAAGACAAUUCCCUUCAACAAGUUCCAAUCUUUUCUCCAAACCCAAGUUUCUAUUCAUAGCACUCACCAUUUCAGCUUCUGUGGUCAUUGUGUUUUCAAUUCUCUACUUUCUUUACCAUCUUUGGCAUUCUCUUGUUCAUAGAGCAAAGACUAUACCUUUUGAUGCCAGUGCUCCUUUGAAGCUGCAGAGAUUCUCUUACAAGGAUUUAAAGCUUGCUAGCAAUGGUUUUGACACUGCCAAUGUCAUUGGCAAAGGUGGUUCUGGUACUGUUUUCAAGGGUGUGCUUAAAGAUGGAAAAUUUAUUGCUAUCAAGUGUUUGGACUCUCUGUCUUUGCAAUCUGAGAGAGAGUUUCAGAAUGAGUUGCAGAUUCUUGGAGGGUUGAGAUCACCUUUUCUGGUGACCCUUUUAGGCUAUUGUGUUGAAAAGAACAAGAGGGUUUUGGUGUAUGAGUAUAUGCCUAAUGCAAGUUUGCAAGAGUCCCUUUUUGGUGAUGAGUGCUUUGGUUUGAGUUGGGAGAGAAGGUUUUGUGUGAUAAUGGAUGUUGCUAGAGCAUUGGAGUUUUUGCAUCUUGGAUGUGAUCCACCUGUGAUUCAUGGUGAUAUUAAGCCAAGUAAUGUGUUGCUUGAUUCCGAGUUUCGCGGGAAGAUCUCGGAUUUUGGGCUGUCGAGGAUUAAGGUGGAGGGUGAAUUUGGAGUUGAUUUGUUUAGCCAGGAUUUGGGCAAGAGUCAGGAUCUUUGGAAAAGUCAGGAUCUUUCAGGUAAUUUGACAGUAGAAACUCCUGUAAUUGGUACUCCUGUUGAGAGUGUUAGUGAAGUUGAUUUUGCUCUUGCUUUGCAAGCUUCGUCUUCGUCGAAAAAUAGUAGGACUUGUUUAAAUGGUAAAGCUUUGAACUUGAACUCUUUGAAUUAUAAUGCCAAUAUUGUUGGUGAGAGUGAAAGUAGGAGUUUAGAUGCAAAAGGGAAAGAAGUUUCGAGUUUUGAUAUGUUUGUUCCUUAUGAUGAUGAGUUUUGUAGCAAUGAUUAUAGUAAGGAUUUGGUUGUUAAUAAUGCUUGUUUGGUCGAUGAUGAGAAGGAAAAUGGGAAACAAUGGGGAAAAGAUUGGUGGUGGAGACAAGAUGGGAGUGGCGAAUUGUGUAGUAAAGAUUAUGUUAAGGAAUGGAUUGGGAGUCAAAUUUGUCCAUCAAAUGCCGAUUGGGAUGAUGACUGUAUUGUGAAUACUAAGAACAUCAACAACAGUCGCGAGAAAUCUGAGUUGGAAAAUUCAAGUCCAAUAGAUAAAGGUAAUGAUACAAUUGUAACUGGAACUCGGUUACAUGUUUCUACGACAGAAGAUAUGGAUAAUGGAGUUGUUGAUAUGAAAGAGGUGAAAGGAAAGAAAAACCAGAAGAACAAGAACAAGAAGAACAAGAAUAGGAAGAUGCAAGAAUGGUGGAAAGAAGAACAUCUUGAUGAGUUAAGCAAGAAGAAGAGAAACAAGCUGAGAAAUCUUCAAACGAAAUGGAAGAAAGGGUUGAAAGUUCCGCGGUUUGGUUUAGGUAGAAGGUUCUAUCUUUGUGAAAGUAACAAGAACUAUGGAGGAGAGGAAGGACCGAACGAGUGCGAGCAAAAUGGCGAGUUUAGCUUCAGAAGAGGCUGGAGGAAGAAAAGCUCGCGAUCAAUCGGAAGUGAUAUGUGGAGUGGCGAUCUUUUCAGCCGCGAACUCAGCAGCACGACUAGUAUGAGAGGGACAUUAUGUUAUGUUGCGCCCGAAUACGGAGGGUGUGGAUUCUUAAUGGAGAAAGCGGAUAUAUACAGUUUCGGAGUUUUGAUACUUGUGAUUAUAUCAGGUAGAAGACCGUUACAUGUUCUUGCGUCUCCGAUGAAGUUAGAGAAAGCGAAUUUGAUAAGCUGGUGUAGACAUUUGGCUCAGGCUAGUGGAAGUAACAUUUUGGAACUAGUUGAUGAGAAAUUGAGAGAUGAUUACAAUAAAGAACAGGCAAGUUUGUGUAUCAACUUGGCACUCAUUUGUUUACAGAAGAUUCCAGAGUUGAGGCCGGAUAUCGGCGAUAUUGUUAAGAUUUUGAAAGGGGAGAUGGAGCUUCCGCCGCUUCCGUUUGAGUUCUCGCCUUCUCCGCCGUCCAGGUUAUACAGCAGAUCAAGGAGGAAACAGAAGGGCAAUGCAGAAGUAUAA